ACGGAGAGAACAAAGAAGCUCUGGGAUAGUUACAGAAGUAGGAAGUUUAGGUUGAAACCAAAAUCCUCACUUACCGUCAACACAUUCCCUCCUCGAAAAAAACUAAAUGCAAUGUCAACACCAGUCACUGUACUAUACGAAAAAAACCAAGUUUCGUGUUCGGUUGAUGUGUCUCAACCUAUAAGUGAUAUUAUAAAAUCAUCAUGUAUAGAACAAUUUAAUAUUCAAAAUUCUCCUACAUUGCUUGCUUUAAGACUUCAGGAAACUGAUGAGUUAAUCACUGACGAGAAUAUCAGACGAAAGAUAACUGAAAAUGAAAAAUUGAAACUUGUAUCUUCACCGCUUAUCGAAGCUGCUGAUAUAUGUGAAAAAUUGGGUUCAACUGAUGAUAAAACUUUAAAGCUUACCACAUUUUCUCUUCAAAAAUAUAUCAAG